GCCCGCAGUGUCAUGAGUGAGGGUAAGCAAUGUGCCUGGCAUAAGCAGGUUUAAGACAUUAACAGGAAGGAAGAAAUGAAGAGAAAUGCAUCAGAAAGAGAAUUGAAUAGUAGAAAACAAGAAGGAAGAAACAGCUACAUACACUUGAGGAAGUCUUCCAGGGGGAGAGGACAGCGAACUCAGAGGAGCUUCGAAACAACAGGAACUGAUAAGGCUAACAAUGUCUGAAGGUACCAGGACUACCUUUUCGGGCAGGAGCGCUCUCCCACCCAACAAUUCCAAUAAAGAAGAAGAUGAGCUCCCCACCAUGGAGAUUGAGGGCCUCAUGCCCAGGGGAGUUAAACCACAAGACUUUCUGAAUGUCACAGACAUCCACCUCUUCAAGGAAAACUGGGACACCAACAAGGUGGACCAUCACACAGAUCGGUAUUACAAUGAAAAGUUGAUCGUCCGCCGAGGGCAGCCUUUCUACAUCCAGGUGGACUUUAAUCGCCCUUAUGAUCCCCAAAAUGACUUCUUCAGGCUGGAAUAUGUCAUUGGUCGAUACCCUCAGGAAAGUAAAAGGACCUAUGUUCCUGUCCCAAUUGUGUCAGAGUUUCAAAGUGGAAAGUGGGGGGCAAAGAUUAUCUUGAAAGAAGACCGAUCUGUCCGCCUGUCUGUCCAGUCCUCCCCAAACUGCAUUGUGGGGAAAUUCCGCAUGUAUGUUGCCAUCUGGACGCCUUAUGGCAUCAUCCGAACAAGCAGGAAUCCAGCAACUGACACUUAUAUUCUCUUCAAUCCUUGGUGUGAAGAGGAUACUGUGUAUCUGGAUAAUGAGAAGGAAAGAGAAGAGUAUGUCCUGAAUGACCUUGGGACUAUUUUCCAUGGAAACUUUGAUGACAUAAAAACUAGGAGCUGGAAUUAUGGUCAGUUUGAAGAUGGUAUCCUGGAUGCUUGCCUAUACUUGAUGGACAGAGCACAAAUGGAUCUCUCUGGACGGGGCAACCCAGUGAAAGUCAGUCGUGUUGCAUCUGCAAUGAUCAAUGCCAAAGAUGAUCAAGGUGUUAUUGUUGGAUCUUGGGACAAUAUAUAUGCCUAUGGAGUGCCUCCUUCUGCCUGGACUGGGAGUGUUGACAUCCUUUUGGAAUAUCAGAGUUCUGGGACCCCAGUACAAUAUGGUCAAUGCUGGGUUUUUGCUGGUGUCCUCAACACUUUUUUUCGGUGCCUUGGAAUACCUUCAAGAGUUAUCACCAAUUAUUUCUCAGCCCAUGACAAUAAUGCCAAUUUGCAAAUGGACAUCUUCCUGGAUGAAGACGGGAAAAUAAAUUCCAAACUUACAAAGGACUCAGUGUGGAACUACCAUUGCUGGAAUGAGGCCUGGAUGAGCAGACCCGAUCUUCCUGUUGGUUUUGGAGGAUGGCAAGUGGUAGACAGCACACCUCAAGAAAACAGUGAUGGUAUGUACCGCUGUGGUCCUGCCUCUGUUCAGGCUGUUAAGCAUGGUCAUGUUUGUUUCCAGUUUGAUACACCAUUUGUUUUUGCAGAGGUCAACAGUGAUCUUGUGUACCUUAAAGUCAAAAAAGAUGCCACUCAUCUGGUUGAAGCUGUUGAUAAAACCCACAUUGGGAAAUUAAUCCUGACCAAGGAAAUUGGUGGAGAUGGAAAUCAGGACAUAACUGAAAACUAUAAAUUUCAAGAAGGCAAAGAAGAGGAGAGACUUGCUCUAGAAACUGCUCUGAUGUAUGGGGCUAAAAAACCUCUUGACACAGAGGGCAUUCAUGAAUUCAAGGCUGAUAUUGAUAUGGAUUUUGAGGUGGAAAAGGCUAUACUUGGGAAAGACUUCAAAGUCACCAUCACUUUCCGGAACAGCAGCUCGAGACAUUACACAGCCACAGCUUAUCUCUCUGGCAAUAUCGUCUUCUAUACAGGUGUUACAAAGUCAGAAUUCAAGAAUCAGACCUUCAAUGUGAAAGUGGAGCCCUACUCCUUUACAAACGUGGAGGUGCAAAUCAAAGCUGGCGAGUACAUGGGCCAACUGCUGGAACAGGCCUCGCUCCAUUUCUUCGUGUCCGCUCGGAUCAAUGAAACCGGCAAGGUUCUGGCUUUGCAGAAAUCAACUGUACUGCACAUCCCUACACUCAACCUCAAGGUUCGUGGACACAAAGUAGUUGGUUCAGACAUGGUUGUCACGGUAGAAUUCACCAACCCACUCGCAGAAACCCUCUACAAUAUCUCGAUACACCUUGAUGGACCUGGAGUAAUGAAACCAAUCAGGAAAAGGUUUCGGGAACUCGCACCCAAUUCUACUUUGACAUGGGAAGAAGUGUGUCGGCCCUGGGUCCCUGGCUCACGAAAACUGAUGGCUACCCUGAACUGCGAUGCCUUGAGACACGUGUAUGGAGAGCUUAAGCUAGAGAUUCAACGGAGGCCAUAGGAAUAAAUCUCCCAGAAGGCAGAAACAUCUUCUCUGGAUCUUGGUGGAGAAAUUCUGAAGCAAAGAUAGGCCAGCUCUUAUUUUAUCUUAGGUGCUAGAACAUGAUACACAUUCCAGAAGGCAAGGUCAAGAAGGAAAGGGGCUGGUAUGUAUUCACCAUCCUCUGAGAUGCUCCCCACCAUUCUUUUCCAAAUUCCGCCUCCUCAGUCUGGAGGUACAUGCAGACAGACUAGAGAGAUCUUGAAUAAUUUCUGCUUCUAAAAUGUUCUGAGCAUUAGCUUUAAUUAAGCUCUAAUUAAGCUCUAAUAGUUCAUCAAACUAAAAGUUAUCAUUUAUCAUGGCAAACACUUCAGACUCCAAUAAUCAGAGGGAUUUUCUAACCCAAGUAAUUUGCCUGUGACCUGAUUUGAUUUCAGACAAGAUUUCCAGUGCCCAGGGAAGUCAUUUACAAAUGUGCUGAACAAGACCCUGGGAAAAGAUGCCCCCAUCUGGGUCCACACUUUUUCUUUGUGUGCUUUUUUUCCACAAAUGUUUCUCACCAAUCCCCCUUCUUCCCCUCCCACAAGUCACAGCAGCAUUCUCUAUCUGGGUUAUGGGAGGGGAAGGGCUUCCAAAAGGUCUUUAGCACCUACAGCAGAGGGACUGCCUGCCAAAUUUCACAGAUUUACUGUGUGAAAAGACGAGGCUCUGUCUUAACAAACUGCAUUUAUGAGGAACGUAAUCACCUAAGAGAUGAGGGAGCAAAGGCACCACUCAGGCCUUUUAAAAUAAGACAGCUUUAUGAUGCAUUUGAUAGGAGAUGUCAGAUUGUAACCUCAUGCGCAGGAGCCUUUUAGCUCUUAGAGUUAAUGAAGUAUGGUUAUAAAGUACCAAGACAGGUUUGUGUAGUAUGUGGAAUGUCUCACUGCUUUAAAUUCACACUUUGUCCAUGGCUCCUGAAUCUUUCACCUCCCCAGAAAUCCAGGCCCUAGAAAUCCCUCAGAAACAUGUCAACUAGGCCAAUUCUGUGGAAGGAGCGGCAACUUUUGUGGCUAACCAUAGAUGGAGAAGAACAGAUUCCUACUAAUUUUCCAGACAUUUGUAUCUUGCAUGCAAGUAACCUCAACUUGUACUGGAGUGCUGAAAAUUCUUAUUUACUCAGUCUUGCAAAUGGCCAUUAGCUCUGUGAUGCUUUCAGGCAAAAGAUAAACAAGGUUGCAUUCAUUCAUUUUAUUCCGUGAAAGGAAUGGUACCAUUGGGCCAGUGCUUAUUUGCAAUGCUACCUUAUGUUUAAAAAUCUGCCAAAAUGCCUAUGAGAGUAAUCUAGACCAGCAGACCAUGAUUCUUAGCAAAGCUGGACAGCAGGCUAGAGAGGGUCUGGGUUGUCAUAAAGUAUAGAAUUGUAAACUCUGGUGCCUAAGGCCACCAUUGGUGGAAAAUUGGGCCUUGGACACCCUUCUCAAGCACCUAGGCAUAAGUCUUAUAAGAACAUUAGUUAAUCAAUGCUAUAGAAUUUUUUUUACUACUUUUAUUAAGCAGUCUCAAGAGUUUUUGCUGAUUCUUGGUAAUCAAAUUUCUAAAAGUUUUUGCUUUGCUACAAACCAGCUUCACUUUGUAUCCUCUUAUUCAUUUAAAUAUUUUAAUUAACCAGAAUGUAAUGGAAAUUUAAAAUAAAGUUCAUCUGAUUAUAAUUG